AUGAUUAUUGGAUCCCUUAACAUUCGUGGAGGAGGUAGCGCUUUGAAAAGGAGGAGGUUGAGUGUUAUAAUCAUAAAGGGGGAAGCGGAUAUGUUCUUGGUUCAAGAAUCCAAAAUUUCUAACAUGGAGGAUUUUGUUGCUUAUAGUAUGUGGAGUAAGAUGGACGUGGACUUUUCAUUUUCAAAUUCUAUAGGAUAUUAUGGCGGCUUAAUAACGUUAUGGAAGAGUGACAAAGUGGAAGCGUUGAAUAGUUUCAAGGGAGAGGGAUUCUUGGGUACAAAGGUGAUUUGGAAAGGCAAAAUUUACUAUGUGGUGAACGUUUACUCCUCUUGCGUUCUUAGUAAGAAGAAAGAUCUUUGGUCAAAUUUGUUAAGUCUCAUGGAUAGUCAUAAAGAUGGAGAAUGGAUUAUAGGGGGCGAUUUCAAUGCCGUUAAAGAUAGGAGUGAAAGAAAAGGGAGACAAGAUGGGGAGAACACUAAUGAGAUGGAGCUUUUUGGCAACUUUAUAAAUGAGAGUGGUCUAAUUGAUGUUCCUUGCAAGGGAAAGAAGUUCACUUGGUAUAAUAGCAACGGAAAUUCAAUGAGUCGGAUUGAUCGAUUUUUUAUUUCCAAUUCUACCGUGAAUGAUUGGGGAGUUACGGGACAACUUGUUGGUCCUAGAGACAUUUCGGAUCAUUGUCCUAUUUGGUUGGCGUCGGACAAAGAGAAUUGGGGUCCAAAACCGUUCAAAUUUAACAAUGAAUGGUUUGCGAAAGAUGAUUUCUUAGUCUUUGCGGAAAGGGAGUGGAAAGACAUUCACGUGGAAGGGAGAGGUGAUUUUGUUCUUAAAGAGAAGUUGAAGAUAUUCAAAGAUAGACUCAAAUGGUGGAAUAGAGUAGUUUUCGGUAAGAUUGAUUUGGAAGUGGAGGAAACGGUGGGAGACAUAAAUGCGGGGGAUGUUUUAGCCGAGACGGUUGCUCCGGGAGGCUUAUCUCUAGAAGAUACGAAUUCUAGAAAGGAAGCGGUAACCAAAUUCUGGACGAAUCUGAGGAUAAAGGAAAACAUGUUGGUUCAAAAAUCUAGAAUCAAAUGGCUUAAAGAAGGUGAUUCGAAUUCCGGAUUUUUUUCACAGAGCUAUUAA